UGUAUUUUGCAGCAGCGCAAACGCAACGAGUAGCUCCGCUCUUCCGCCUUACAGCAUCCUUCACACCCCGCUGCCUGUUGCUGGCACUGCUACUCGGUGUCACGUAUGCUUUAGGUUUAGUUCACACAGUGCACGCCAGCUCGCCUGGUGUUACCAGCACAGAGGCAUAUUUCAAUGGCUCUGCCUACCUGCGAUUGCUCACGCCGAUGCCAAUUUGGGAUCAUUCGGCCAUAAGUUUUCGUUCCUGUCGCGGCGGCGAAAUCUUAGCUCAACAAUAUAAUAAAAACUCAUUCGUCAUCACGGUGCUGAAUGAUUUCCUGCAAGUCUCAUUGGCCGGUCCGGCAGUGAUUGGCCCCAAUAAUCGUUUGGAUGUUAAACUACCAUACAAUUUGCUCGAUAAUCAUUGGCACACGCUGCAGUUCAAGUACGAGUAUGGUAAUCUUUAUUUGUACAUCGAUCGCACGUCCAUGGUGUUUGCCAAUUCGACGUACAAUAGCCAAUUUCUAACCAAUCAAGAUAUUGGCAAUGAGGCAGCUAUUUUAAUAUUAGGUAACUCAUUCAGCGGCUGCCUGCAAGACGGCCCCGGUCUACUUUUCAUCAAUGGCUCUGUGCAGAACGUCGUCUAUGGACCUUGUCCGCUAGCCACCGGUCCCUGCGGCGAUCACGAUACACUCAUGCCCGGCCAGGAUAACUAUUGCUCAAAUGAUCCGUGCAUGAGUCAUGGUCAAUGCAUUUCGCUAAACGAUGGCUAUGAGUGUCGCUGUACGCCACGUUAUUCGGGCAAGAAUUGCCAAAUCGACAACGGCUCGCCGUGUGCGCGUAAUCCCUGCUCGAAUGGCGGUAGCUGUGUGGAGGACGCACGCGGCGACUAUCUAUGCCAAUGUGCACCCAAUUACACCGGUCGAAGCUGUGAAAAAGAAAUGAAUGUACAUCCAAUAUGCCAAUCGAAUCCCUGUCUCAACAAUGGUGCUUGCAUAGUAGCGCCGGGCAGCACAAAAAUCGAAUGCGAAUGCGCCAAAGGGUAUGCGGGUGCACGUUGUGAGAUCGAUGUGGACGAUUGCGCUUCGCAGCCUUGCUUGAAUAAUGGCCGUUGUCUGGAUUUGGUAAAUGGCUUCACAUGCGAUUGCCGCGAUACCGGCUUCACGGGUCAAGUUUGUCAAACGAACAUCGAUGAAUGCGAGGGAAGUCCAUGUAAGCAUGGUGGACGCUGCUAUGAUCGCUAUGGCGGUUUCAUUUGUCAGUGUCCGGAUGGCUGGGCUGGUGAGACGUGUGAGGAUGCCACCAGCUGUAAGACGCAACAGUGUCUCAACGGUGGAACAUGUGUGAACAAAACGAUCGGCUUCUAUUGUCAAUGCGCGCCGGGCUACAGUGGUGAGCUGUGUCAGCAGAGCCCGCCGUGUCCGCAGUGUCCCAUCGAUUCGGAGUGCAUAGCUGGGAAGUGUGUGUGCAAGCCAGGCACAACGGGUAAGUUUAGCAAAUGGGAUCUUUACUGUCGUGUCAUGUAGUUAGUUCCUUUCGAAAGCAUUCAUUGACGUGUGCCGCCGACGCCGCGAGGAUGUGGGUUUCAGUAGUUAUCUUUAAGUUGAUUACAUAUCUUUAAGAUGUUAGGGGUAGAUGGUUCGGUGUGGGUGAAAUUUGCUUAAUAUUAUUUCUAUACAAUUUACGAUUUUUCAUUACGCUUUAAGUUCUUAAAUAAAUAUGCCUUUUUUAAGACUGCUUCUCUACUACUUCUUUAUUAAAAUAUUCUCUUACUGCUGCCUUGCAAAGCUUCCGAUAUUAACCCAUCACUAGACGAAUCGAAUGACAGUUGGGAAUGUCUCGGGGAGAAACGUAAACGUUACAUACCGCCAGAUUGGUUGAAAAAGAAGCGUUGCGAGUUAAAAUUAAGUAGUGAGUGUUGAUAGUCAAACCCCAUUAUAAUAGAAACCAUUCGCGGUGUAGCUACCACUCUAAAGCUCCGUUGUUCUAUGUAUAUAUAUUAAGUUGUUAGGCUUAAACGGAAACUCUACCUAUUAGCGUAUCUGUGUAGCAAGUUUUGAAUGUGAAUUUGUUUAUUCAAUAGCUUAUUAAUUUUAUGCUUUUUCGGUAUUUAUUGUAUAUGUAUUUAUUCAGUGUGUAAAUAUAUUUUCUCGGAAGGUUUGAAUGGUUUAAUCCCCAUCCACAGAGUAAAUCAUUUAUUUAAAUCAUUAAACCAGCAAAGGAAAACUUAAACAAUUUUCUAGAAGCUGAAAAAUAACAAGUGAAGUCAUACCAAGUAACAGGAAAAUUCCGGCAACAAAUAAAAACUAAAAGAAAUUAAUUAAAUAGA